AAAAAUUAAAAAAAAAAUAGCUGCUUUCCCAAGUGCUUGGACUGAUUUAGUUACUGCCUGUCCUCUCCACGUGGUCGUGCUUCACAUUGUACAGUCAGCUCACGGAUAACUUUCCCCCGCUGCCUACUUACCAUGUGGUCUGAGCUUGGCUUUAACCUUAAAGUGUUUCUUCUUGCUCCCUGCUUGUGUUUGCAGCCAUUGAGUUGAUCACGUAGCCUCUGUUUGCCUGUCCCACUGCUGCUGGCUGUAUUCUGUCCCUGCUCUGCUGUGCAAAGUCUAAACACUGCUCUAGUGCUGAGUAAUUGCUCAUUCACUGGUCCUCCUUGCUGAUGCUCUGGUUUGACGAACAUCGAGACCGGAGGAGGUGUGAUAUGGUCCCUUUGGCAGGCCUAGAUUUCACAUGCCCUGGGAGACCGGGCACUGCGACUGUUUUUAUUUCGGCCGGGCACUCAUCUGCAGGUAACACUCUGCCUGCAAGCCUUCCAGACACUAUGAAAGACUUCUGUUGGUUCCCCCACAUAGUGGUCAUUGUUGGACAGUGUGUUGUCAUUUCAGUGGCAGAGUUCAGUGGUAGGUUUCACUUUGCACAUCCAAAAAGAAGCUAUUAGUAGUAGUCUGGUGAUACGUAUGUGGGUAAGUCAGUUCGCCAGGGCUUUUAAAAAUAUACCUCUAUUCCAUUCAUUGAGAUCUAAUAAACUCAGGUGAUCACCUCUUUAGAACCCCCCAGCCCAGUGUCUGCUUCACGUGCAUUGUAAUGACUUCUUUACUUGGCUCAUCUCCUGACACCCUCCACCCCAACACUGAGCUCUGAGCUCGUUGAAGGUAGAGAAUUUGUUUGUUUGUGCUCCACUGGGUCCCUGUCAUCUAGCAGAGUCCUUGUCUCAUAAGAGAUGCUCAAGCCUGAAUGUUUUUCCUCUUGGGCAGGCCUUUACUCUCAGUGGGGAAAAUUGUAUUAAAAAUAGGCUCGAGGUUGUCGGUGAAAGAAACAGGACAUUUGGAUUCUGGUCCUGCCAUUGGUAGGAACUUUGCUUUGAUGCUGGAUUGAGGGGCCCCAGAUCACUUCACUCUGGGCAUCUCAUUAUUCAUCUGGGAUAUUUCAUAGUUUGAAAGGCAUGUCCAAACAUACCCAUUAUAUGUUUCCUAUGGUCCCUGUAUCUUGAUGUCUGUGUAUCAGGGGAUCAUGGACUUUUGGUGUAUCUGUGCUUGUUUAUCAAACCUAUCUCUGUUGCCUUUACUUUUUUCCUCCCUUUCAACAUUUUAGCCAACAUAACUUUCUUGGCUCUUUCUUCCUGAGAAGUAUUUUCAAGCUUUGUCCCCAGCGCUCGCGGAGAAUGCAGCCUGCAGACAGUUGUGCCCUUUGCCGUAACCUUAAUUAAAUCAGCCUCCCUCAGGUCAGACGUUGGCUUCGGUUCUUUCUUUCGAAGGCCAGCUGCAAGGCUGAUGACACGCCUUCAUCUGCCAUUGUGUGCCUCUGGCAGCCAUCCUUCACUGUCAGCAGGGUGGGAGCCUCUGCUGUGUCCUCCCAGCCUGUGGGGAACAAGGGCGAAGGGGGGUGGUCCAAGGAGCAUUGGGAAGGAGGGGAGAAAGGGGGCAGCUUUUCAACAGAAAGGAUUAAGGAGAAAAAGGAAUCUGAGGAAUAAUCAUCAGGAAAAAGAAACAGACGUGAAGAGCAGAGGACUGGGAGUGACAGUGUAUCAUGCAUGCCACUGAUUCCAGGGGACAGCCCCCUGCUUUCCUGCAACCUCAGAACGGAAACGGCCAUCGCUCGUCUGGCUAUGUUCCCGGGAAGGUUGUGCCGCUGCGUCCCCCUCCUCCUCCAAAGAGCCAAGCUUCAGCCAAAUUGACCUCCGUCAGACAGGAAGCCCGGGCCACCUUCGCUUUCUCACCUGAAGAGCAGCAGGCCCAGAGAGAGAGCCGAAAGCAGAAGAGGCACAAAAAUACUUUCAUUUGCUUCGCCAUCACUAGUUUCUCAUUUUUCGUUGCACUCGCGGUCAUUUUAGGCAUAUCCUCAAAAUACGCCCCAGAUGAGAAUUGCCCAGAUCAAAACCCACGUCUCAGGAACUGGGAUCCAGGACAAGAUUCUGCCAAGCAAGUUGUUAUCAAGGAGGGAGAUAUGUUCCGUCUGACGUCAGAUGCCACGGUGAAUUCUGUAGUCAUUCAGGAUGGAGGAUUGCUUGUAUUUGGGGAUGAUAAAGAUGGAUCCAGAAAUAUUACUUUGAGGACUCGUUACAUCCUGAUCAAGGAUGGUGGGGCGCUUCAUAUUGGAGCAGAAAAAUGCCGCUAUAAAUCCAAAGCGACAAUUGCCUUGUAUGGCAAGUCAGAUGAAGGUGAAAGUAUGCCAACAUUUGGCAAAAAAUUUAUUGGUGUGGAAGCUGGCGGGACACUGGAGAUCCACGGGGCGCAGACAGUAUCAUGGACGUUGUUGGCGAGAACUCUGCAUUCCUCAGGCUUGACCUUUGGGUCGUAUGCCUUUGAAAAGGACUUCUCUAGAGGCCUCAAUGUGAGGAUCAUCGACCAAGACACGGCCAAAAUUUUGGAAAGUGAGAAGUUUGAUACCCACGAAUACCACAAUGAGAGUAGACGGCUUCAGGAACUUCUGAGAAUCCAGGAUCCAGGCCGGAUUGUUGCUAUCGCCGUUGGAGAUUCGGCAGCCAAGAGCCUCCUACAAGGAACCAUACAAAUGAUCCAGGACCGGCUGGGAAGUAAGCUCAUCCAGGGACUGGGCUACAGGCAAGCAUGGGCUUUGGUUGGUGUCAUUGAUGGUGGAAGUGCUUCUUGCAAUGAAUCUGUGAGGAACUAUGAAAAUCACAGCAGUGGAGGGAAGGCUCUUGCCCAAAGAGAAUUUUAUACUGUGGAUGGUCAGAAGUUCACUGUGACCGCUUACAGUGAAUGGAUUGAAGGUGUUUCUCUUUCAGGUUUCCGGGUGGAGGUUGUGGAUGGAGUGAAGCUUCAUCUGCUGGAUGAUGUUAGUAGCUGGAAACCUGGAGACCAGAUUGUGGUUGCAAGCACAGACUAUUCUAUGUACCAAGCAGAGGAGUUCACUCUUCUCCCCUGUCCAGAGUGCAGCCGUUUCCAGGUCAAAGUCAAAGAAGCCCCUCAGUUCCUGCACAUGGGUGAGAUCACUGAUGGUGUAGACAUGAGAGCAGAGGUCGGAAUUCUCACCCGGAAUGUUGUGAUCCGAGGAGAAAUGGAAGACUCAUGCUACGCUGGAAACCAGUGCCAGUUCUUUGAUUAUGACACCUUUGGGGGACAUGUCAUGAUAAGGAAAAAUUUUACUUCAGUGCAUCUGUCCUAUGUGGAGCUGAGACACAUGGGUCAGCAGCAUCUGGGGCGGUAUCCUGUUCAUUUUCACCUGUGUGGGGACGUGGAUCAUAAGGGAGGGUACAGACACGCGACAUUUGUGGAUGGCUUGUCUAUUCAUCACAGCUUCUCAAGGUGCAUCACUGUGCACGGAACAAAUGGCCUGCUGAUAAAAGACACAAUUGGAUUUGACACACUGGGUCAUUGUUUCUUUUUGGAAGAUGGUAUUGAACAGAGAAAUACUUUGUUCCACAAUCUGGGACUCCUCACCAAACCCGGCACCCUCCUCCCCACUGAUAGGAAUAAUUCCAUGUGCACUGCCAUGCGAGAAAAAGUGUUUGGAAAUUAUGUCCCUGUGCCCGCCACGGACUGCAUGGCUGUUUCGACUUUCUGGAUUGCUCAUCCCAACAAUAACCUGAUUAGUAAUGCGGCUGCAGGCUCACAGGAUGCUGGAAUAUGGUAUUUAUUCCACAAGGAACCUACUGGAGAAUCCAGUGGAUUGCAGCUCUUAGCAAAACCAGAACUCACUCCGUUGGGUAUAUUUUAUAACAACAGGGUCCAUUCAAGUUUCAAGGCUGGCUUAUUUAUUGACAAAGGUGUCAAAACAACCAAUGCUAGUGCGGCAGACCCAAGAGAAUACCUCUGUUUGGAUAACAGCGCAAGAUUUAGGCCUCAUCAGGAUGCGGACCCUGAAAAGCCACGUGUUGCUGCUUUAAUUGACAGGCUCAUUUCUUUUAAAAAUAAUGACAAUGGAGCUUGGGUCAGAGGGGGAGACAUUGUCGUUCAGAAUUCAGCAUUUGCAGAUAAUGGAAUAGGACUGACCUUUGCCAGUGAUGGAAGCUUCCCCAGUGAUGAAGGUUCCAGCCAGGAGGUAUCCGAAUCUCUCUUUGUUGGGGAGAGCAGGAAUUAUGGCUUUCAGGGUGGCCAGAACAAAUAUGUAGGCACUGGAGGAAUAGACCAGAAGCCUCGGACCCUACCUAGGAACAGGACGUUCCCAAUUAGAGGCUUUCAGAUUUAUGAUGGGCCCAUUCAUCUAACCAGGUGCACUUUCAAAAAAUAUGUGCCAACUCCAGAUAGGUACACCAGUGCUAUCGGCUUCCUUGUGAAGAAUCCCUGGCAGAUAACUCCCAGGAAUAACAUCUCCCUCGUGAAGUUUGGUCCACACGUCUCUCUGAAUGUCUUCUUUGGGAAGCCUGGCCCCUGGUUUGAAGAUUGUGAGCUGGAUGGUGAUAAGAACUCCAUAUUCCACGACAUCGACGGCUCUGUGACAGGAUACAAGGAUGCGUAUGUGGGAAGAAUCGACAAUUACCUGAUCCGCCACCCAAGCUGCGUGAAUAUUACCAAGUGGAAUGCAGUGGUCUGCAGCGGGAACUAUGCCCAGGUUUAUGUCCAGACAUGGAGCACUCAGAAUCUGACGAUGACCAUCGCACGAGAUGAGUAUCCCUCCUAUCCGAUGGUGCUCCGAGGCAUUAACCAGAAGGCCACCUUUCCUCAGUACCAGCCUGUGAUCAUGCUGGAGAAGGGCUAUACCAUCCACUGGAAUGGGCCUGCCCCACGGACUGCUUUUCUAUACCUCAUAAACUUCAACAGGAAUGACUGGAUUCGAGUUGGCCUCUGCUAUCCAUCAAACACAAGUUUUCAGGUCACCUUUGGCUUUUUACAGCGCCAUAAUGGCUCAUUAUCCAAAAUGGAAGAGUAUGAGCCUGUGCAUUCACUGGAGGAAUUGCAGAGAAAGCAGUCGGAGAGGAAAUUCUAUUUUGACUCCGGCACAGGGUUACUAUUUUUGUAUCUCAAAGCCAAAAGCCACAGGGAUGGCCACAGUUACUGUUCAUCUCAGGGAUGCGAAAGAGUCAAGAUCCAGGCAGCAACGGACUCAAAAGACAUCAGUAACUGCAUGGCCAAAGCUUAUCCUCAGUAUUACAGGAAGCCAUCAGCACUCAAGCGCAUGCCAUCCAUGCUCACCGGGCUUUGUCAAGGCUGCGGGACCCGCCAGGUGGUGUUUACUAGUGAUCCUCAUAAAAGCUACCUCCCCGUGCAAUUCCAGUCACCCAGUAAAGCAGAGACUCAGCGUGGAGACCUGUCUGUGAUCUCCGUCAACGGCACCGACUUUACCAUCCAAAAUCCGGGUGUUCUCCUCCUCGUUGUGGAUGCCUGCAGCGUUCCUUUCCGCUUAACGGCAAAGAAGGUUUUCUCUCUUGCUGAUAUCAGUCGCUUGGAAGAGUAUUUGAGAACAGGCAUCCCUCCAAGGUCAAUUGUUUUGUUGAGCACAAGAGGAGAAAUAAAGCAUUUGAAUAUUUCAGAAUCGUUAGUACCUCUGGGAUUAGCCAAACCAGCUCAUCUUUAUAACAAAGGGAGUACCAUAUUUUUGGGAUUCAGCGGAAACUUUAAACCAUCAUGGGCUAAGCUAUUCACCAGUCCUGCUGGCCAGGGCCUUGGGCUGCUUGAACAAUUCAUACCUUUGCAGCUGGAUGAAUAUGGUUGUCACAGAACCAGCGCUGUCCGCAGAAGAGACCUGGAACUGUUGAUGCAGACUUCAAAAGCACAUUAGAGACUCUCUGUAACUUAAGUGCUGGGGGAAAAAAAUGUGAACUAACUUAUUUAAUUUAUGGCAUUUUUAAAGUGACACUGUUAACCCAACGGAACCAUUUUCCUAUUUGAUCCAGAAAGGGGAAAAGAGAGCUUAAAGUGAUCGCUUAAAUACCAGCUCACGCACCUUCUAGUUGUACAAAGUGUUGAAGAAUUUAUUUGUAUUUGUUAGGCUGGUAUAUUCAGAGAGCGGUUCGAUUCCCCACCUUCCACUCUGUGUGUUUUAGUGACUGUAAGCAGUGCUUUCCUUUUUGCAUCACAGGAUGUAAUGGGACAAGGCGGGGGCCUCCGAGGGUCAGCCCAAGUACUUGAGCAAACCAGCUCUUGUAGCACCUCAUAUACUUGAAGGCUGAUGCCCAGUUGUGUCAUUGGCUUUGGGUCCACAGUUGACCUGGGUGGCUGGCAAGUUCACUGAUGCCUUGGGCUCUGGAUCUGGGCUGGCAGCCUUUGCAGAUUGUAUAGGAUACUCAAUGGCAGAGUUUUCCAUAUGGCAGCUCAGGCCCAGCUCAUGCCCUUUUUUGCCUGGGCAUGUGCUAUUUUUAUUCGUUUGUACAUUGAUUCCUUCCAAGGGUUUAACUUUCAAACAGAAAGGAUGCUGGGACAAAAGGGCUUUAGGGAUUUGACGUCCCUCAUAAAUCUGCGCCCAUGGGCAAAAAUUUGAUCUGCACCAAGGUCUGAAGUUGUUGGGACCGUAUUUGCAGCUUUAAUUCUUAACCUGUUUCAACUGUAUAUUCGUGUUUAAAACGCAGAGCUGAGCUGAAUAUUUACUUUUUUUUUUUUUUUUUUUUUUUGAGAAGGCCGUUUUCCUGAACUGUAAACUUGGGUUGUUUCAACUUGCACAAAGGAAGUCUGUUCUUGGGGUUGCUCCUGCACCUGGUUUUUGUUGUUUUUAUGUGUGGAUUUUUUUAAAGCUUUUCUGCUCCCCAUCCUGCCAGGAAAAUUGCAGAAAGCUUAAGGAUACCCCAAAAUGUUACACUCAGGGGGAGAAAAAAGGGAGAGCCUUUUAAGGGUCAGAAUCAUGGAGAUCUUCAGAAACAGUACUCUGUAUAGCCUUAGAGGAGUUAGUCACUCUUAAUUAAUUAAAUUGUUAGAGCCAAUGUUUUAAAAAAGUGCCACGAUGCCCUAUUUCCCUUCCCCCCCGCGUGUUCUGUCAGCGAGAAUUGCAUGUGGUAGAAAGAUUGGCCCCACAGCCGGGCCGGUGACCACACCAAGAGGAGAGAAGGAUCAAAAUGCCUUUACCUUUUCCGAAACCUGUAGUACAUGAAGUGUAUGAAGACACGGCCGUGGCGAGAUGGUAGGAAGUGUGUUCAGGCUCACUUGGUCCUGAAUACAGACACACUCGUUUUCCUCCACCGAGAGCAAAGGCUGAGGGCCUGUCCCUUUGUGUCCAUGAGAAACUGCAGAGCAGCUCUGUGACUUCUGUUGACUUUACAAAAUAUGCUACCUCAAAAUGCUGCCGAUAAACCAUUCUAACUCUAAGUGCUCUUGCUAAGGGCACAUGUCUUAAAGUUUAAGGCUGUUUUUGUUUUUUUUCUUUUGUAUCUUGAUGAACAAGAUCUUACCUAUGAAAUAUAUUAUUGGAUCAUGGUUCCUGAAGGUGAUUAAAGUCUGUUUGUGUGUGUGUUUUUUACGACUUAAGUAUCUCUUGUGUGUGUUUUUUAGAGUUUGGUUCUUUAAAGAUUUGGAGAGGCUAUGUAAGUUCCAAGGCACUCGUUUUUUUCUGAUUUAUAUGCUAAUAAUCAGGGCCUAAGUUAAAUAAAUAAAAAUGUGUGUGCAUGUAUUUUUUA